CGCGCCGUACGCACGCCGGUUCUCGCGACGAUCGAAACUUUGUUGUGUUGUGAAAAGAUGGUGUUGACCGACUUUCUGACGGAGACCAGACGGAGAUGGCUGAAGGCUUUCAAGCUGUUCAAACGGAGCAAGAGCCGCAAGAGCGCCCGCAACCGCAUCUCGCCCCUCGUGCGUUCACCAUCAUACUCUGGCACCGUCGACGCUCGCUCCGAGAUCGACAUCCAACGCUACUGCCCUUGCAGAGCCUCUCUACCACCCCUUCACAUCGCAAGCGAAAGCAUCGAUGGAUACAGCAGCUGCAAUAGCUACGACAGCUCACGAAACGAAAGUUUACGGAGUUACGAGUGUGGAUAUAACUGUGCGCGAUCGGAUUCUGCCUAUGAAUCAGCUAGAAGCAGCCCGGCUAGAGCACCGGUCUGCUAUGCCACAGUCACAUAUUUUAACGUUAACGACAGCGAGGAUAGCAGCAGUAUCAGAACAGAAUACACGCUACUAGAUUAUGAUUUGGAGGACAGAGAAAUGGAUGGGACUGAGGAGAGAGCGCAGAAUUUUAUCAACGAAAGCUUGGAGUUAGUUAGCACUUUAUGAAUUAGUUUAUAAGGUAGAUUUUGUAUGAUAUUAUAGUGUUUUGUUUUGGAUUAGCUUUAAAAUAGUUUUAACUGUGGUGUGCUCUUGAUGAAAAAAAGAAAGUUCUCGAAAGUAGGUAGUCCUUUUU